ACAGACACAACACAACCCACAAACCUCCCUCUGUUGUUUUGUUUGGUUCUUCUUUCUUCUUCAUCAAUCUACUUUCACCAGCAGCAAAUUAUUAUUAGAACCCUUUAGAUCUCCUACUUAGAUUCUCCUUUACUGAGUUAAAACCGAGUUAUUGUACUCUCGAUCCGAGUUCAACUCAGUUCUUGAUACUAUUUAUUUUGUGUCAUAUUUUUUGCAAUGUGGGGUUCACUAUUUUGAACCCCUUUAUGAAAAUGUCGGCUUCACUUGCUGCAUUUGAGCGUCCACGAAUUGGUACUUCAAAUACGGUUUUCAAGAGUGGGCCACUGUUUAUCUCUUCAAAAGGAUUAGGUUGGAAGUCAUGGAAAAAGCGUUGGUUCAUCCUUACACGUACAUCUCUGGUCUUUUUCAAGAAUGAUCCUAGUACACUUUCACAGCGAGGAGGUGAAGUGAAUCUAACUCUGGGAGGAAUUGACUUGAAUAAUUCAGGGAGUGUUGUCGUUAGAGAAGAUAAAAAGCUUUUGACCGUUCUGUUUCCCGAUGGACGUGAUGGGCGAGCUUUUACUCUUAAGGCAGAGACAUUGGAGGAUCUGUACGAGUGGAAGACCGCCCUAGAGCAUGCUCUUGCACACGCACCUAGUGCUGCUCUUGUUAUGGGACACAAUGGCAUUUUCCGAAAUGACACUGGUGAUUCUAUUGAAGGGUCUUUCCAUCAAUGGAGGGAUAAACGUCCUGUUAAAUCUUUAGUUGUCGGAAGACCAAUUUUGCUCGCCUUAGAAGAUAUAGAUGGAGGCCCAUCAUUUCUUGAAAAGGCACUGAGGUUUCUCGAGAAGUUUGGAACCAAGGUCGAAGGUAUAUUGCGACAAUCUGCAGAUGUCGAGGAAGUGGAGCGGAGAGUAAAAGAAUACGAACAAGGAAAAACUGAAUUUGUGCCGGAAGAGGAUGCUCAUGUAAUUGGCGACUGCGUCAAGCAUGUGCUUCGUGAGCUGCCAUCAUCUCCUGUUCCUGCUUCCUGUUGCACCGCUUUGUUGGAAGCUUACAAAAUCGAUCGGAAGGAAGCUCGGGUCAAUGCUAUGCGCUCUGCCAUUCUUGAGACAUUUCCUGAACCCAAUAGGCGCUUAUUACAGAGAAUUCUGAAGAUGAUGCAUACAAUUUCUUCACAUGCAUCUGAAAAUCGGAUGACUCCAUCUGCUGUUGCUGCUUGUAUGGCACCAUUGCUGUUACGCCCUCUUUUAGCGGGUGAAUGCGAGUUGGAAGAUGACUUUGACGUUAGUGGAGAUAACUCUGCUCAGCUUCUUGCUGCCGCUAAUGCAGCAAACAAUGCCCAGGCUAUCAUUACGACACUUCUUGAGGAAUAUGAGAAUAUUUUUGAUGAUGAUAAUCUUCAUAGGUGCUCUAUUUCAGCAGAUUCUCAAUUUGGAAAUAGUGGGAGUGAAGAGUCGUCAGAUGAUGAAAAUCUGGAUAUGAAGGACAAUGGUUAUCAUGAUGCUGAAAAUGAGGUUGACCCAGACACUGACGAUGAUUGUGAGCGUGUAUUGAGUGGAAAAUUAAGUGAAAGCAGUGGCUCUGCUGCCAGUGAUCUUUAUGAUUAUAAGGGUUUCGGGGGUGAUGAUUCAGAUGUUGGAUCGCCUAGGGAUAGUCGUGUACAAGGAGUGACGUUAAAACCAACUGUGGAUACUCAGCCCCUUGCAGGUUCUAAUGUUCCAUUCAGCGAACAGCUGGAAAGAUGUGGAAAUGAGGUUGAUGGUCCUUGUGAAUUAGCUACUAGUGAGUCUCAGCGGUCUAUGGGUGAAAUACUCUCAUCUAGGGAUCCUGGGCCACCUCAUGGUGUCUCCGGACCUGAUUCACAUGCAGACAAGACUAGCAGCAAGCUAACUCCUUCUAACCUGAAUGUCAAAAGAUCAACCUUUUGGGGGAGAAGCAGUGCCAGAAAGACGCNCCCUUCCCCUCUCUCUCUCUAUCUCCUGUGUUUCGAUAGGCUCGCUAUACAGAGACUUGAGAUUACCAAAAAUGACUUGCGCCAUAGGAUUGCAAAGGAAGCAAGAGGAAAUGCAAUUCUGCAGGCGAGCUUGGAGAGACGGAAGCAAGCCUUGCAUGAGCGCCGCUUGGCUCUUGAGCAAGAUGUUGCAAGACUACAAGAACAGCUACAAGCUGAGAGGGAUCUAAGAGCUGCACUGGAAGUUGGUUUGAGCAUGUCUUCCGGACAAUUGUCGGGCUCUCGUGCUAUGGAUUCCAAGACUAGGGCUGAGCUUGAAGAGAUAGCCCUGGCAGAAGCAGAUGUGGCUAGAUUAAAGCAGAAAGUUGCUGAGUUGCAUCAUCAACUUAAUCAGCAACGGCAGCAUCACUAUGGCUCACUAUCUGAUGCUUGUGAUCGACUUCAACAUGGGCAAAACCAUAAUUCUCAACUGAAGUAUUUCCAGCAAGAUUUUGACACAACACUUGCUUUCUGUAAUCAUGAAAGAAGACAGAGAAGUGAGGAAUUGCUGGGUGCAGAUACGAGGAAUGUUAAAGGACAAGUACUGACAUCUGGCCCCAGCAGUAGACAACCUGCCCGAAAGCUAUUUCUUGAUACAACCUCAAGUGAUUCCAAGAGUAUUGAGGCUUCAACUAGUUUAUCCUUGGAUGAACUCGGUGCCAUUGAUUCUCCCUCCGUGCGUUCUACUUCAAGGACCGCUGAGGCGAUGGAUUAUAGCCGACAUCCCUCAGCUACAUCUUCCACUUUGGUAGAAUUAACAACGCGUCUGGACUUCUUCAAAGAAAGACGGUCUCAGCUCAUGGAGCAACUCCAUAACCUCGACUUAAACUAUGGAUCAACAUCUCAAGACUUUAUGUACAAACCUCCAUCUCCUCCGUGGAACUGACUAAAUGUUUUGUAGAGGCACGUGAAGGGAAGCGGCCAAUAUCUCAGCAUUUGUACAUCCUCUGUAUCAUAGCAUAUAACUCUGUCAUGUACUUUAUGUACUACCAUAUGUACCCUUUUGUUUCUUCCACUUCUUUUUUGGUUUUAGUUAUAUCAUUCAUUUUGAAUUA